AUGGCUUCUCAUGCCCUAGAAUCGCGAUUUGAGCGGAUGUCGGUGAAUGAUGAGAAUGAUCCAGGAGAAGGAAAGAAAUACAAAACCAAGAUCGCAGCCACUACACCUUCAAGUACUCAAUUAUCACAAAAUGCCAAUCGAGCAAAUCUUCUCAAGAUCGCCUUACAAAAUAAGAACACAACAAACACAAUCACGACCGUCACAGCGUCAUCGCAUGAGGCUUCCUCUCCGUCAAGAAAGCCAACUACAUCCUCGCGAGAAUCAGAACAAGUUAUUAAGGUUGAGCGCAAAUCGAAUCCUAUGUAUCAAGAACCAGCUCCAGCAAAACAAUUUCACCUCGGGAUGUUUGAAAUUGGUCGACCUCUGGGCAAGGGGAAAUUUGGCCGUGUGUAUCUGGCAAGAGAACGAGGGACAGGAUUCGUUUGUGCCUUGAAAGUUCUACACAAAAAUGAAAUACAAAAGGGCAAGGUAGAAAAGCAGGUCCGACGAGAAAUCGAAAUUCAAAGCAAUUUACGACACCCAAAUAUCCUCCAACUAUAUGGCCACUUCCACGACAGUAAACGAGUCUUCCUGAUCUUGGAAUUCGCUGGCAAGGGAGAACUCUACAAGCAUCUUCGUAAGGAGACGAAGUUUCCGGAAUGGAAAGCAGCUCAAUACAUUGCGCAAAUGGCCGCCGCACUGAAAUAUCUUCACAACAAGCACGUCAUGCAUCGAGACAUAAAACCAGAAAAUAUUCUUGUUGGCAUCCAUGGCGAGCUCAAGAUUGCAGACUUUGGUUGGAGUGUCCAUGCACCAAACAGCAGAAGGGCUACAAUGUGUGGAACUUUGGAUUAUCUUCCACCAGAGAUGUUGCAAGGGAAUAGCAACUACUACAAUGAAAAGGUUGAUUUAUGGAGUCUGGGAGUUCUGAUGUAUGAGUUUCUGGUUGGCGAAGCUCCUUUUGAAGACACCCCAGUCAUGACACAGAGGAGGAUAACAAGAUGCGAAAUGACAAUACCAAGCUUUGUAUCCACUGAGGCAAAGGAUCUCAUUAAAAGGCUGCUUGUACUUGACCCCGACAAACGAAUUCCUCUCGAACAGGUUCAGACGCACCCCUGGGUUAUUAAGCAUUGUGUGAAGGGUGAGCGAGCUAGUAUGCGGGACUCAAAAUCAACCAGUAGCAAGUCUUCGCUGGACCCUGAAGGGGAAUGA